GACGCCCCCUGCAGCCGCGGCCUCCGCAGCCUCGGGGGAUCCUGAGGACGGCCGCCCGGCGCGACUCCCUCGUGCCGUCCGCCGCGGGGCCCUGCGCGCCUGUGGCCCGCUGGUAAUGGACGGUCCAGUCACGUCCGCGUGGGUCCGAGGGUCUCGCGUCCCUGGAGGAUGAUGACCUAGCACCGGGAAGUCCCCCCGGACGCCCUGAACCGACCUGGCCCUGGUGGCACCCGACCUGCAUCCGCGCUGCCCUUCUGGACGCUCCGCACCCGAGGGAGGGUGCGCACCAGGCACGCCUUUCUGGAACUCACCUUUAGUACAAUCGUUUCUUUGCGAAGAAGGGAUUUCCUUUAUUGGGGGGAGGGGGGUUAUUGACUUUCUUUUCGGGACGGGAAUUUGGGGGACAAUAAGGAGAAUACUUGGCUACCCGCGACUUUGUAGGGGGCUAACGGACAGCCGGCCGGGAGCAGAGGCGCCGAUUCCAGGAUGGAUGUGGCCGACCCGCAGCAGUUGGGCAUGUUUACGGAGGGCGAGCUGAUGUCGGUGGGGAUGGACACGUUCAUCCACCGCAUCGAUUCCACCGAGGUCAUCUACCAGCCCCGCCGCAAGCGAGCCAAGCUCAUCGGCAAAUACCUGAUGGGGGAUUUACUCGGGGAGGGGUCUUAUGGCAAAGUGAAGGAGGUGCUGGACUCGGAGACCCUCUGCCGUAGGGCUGUCAAAAUCCUCAAGAAGAAGAAGCUGCGGAGGAUUCCCAACGGGGAGGCGAACGUGAAGAAGGAGAUUCAGCUGCUGCGGCGGUUGCGGCACAAGAACGUCAUCCAGCUGGUGGACGUGCUGUACAACGAAGAGAAGCAGAAAAUGUAUAUGGUGAUGGAGUACUGCGUGUGUGGCAUGCAGGAAAUGCUGGACAGCGUGCCCGAGAAGCGCUUCCCUGUGUGCCAGGCCCAUGGGUACUUCUGCCAGCUGGUGGACGGCUUGGAGUACCUGCACAGCCAGGGCAUCGUGCACAAGGACAUCAAGCCGGGCAACCUGCUCCUCACCACUGGCGGCACGCUCAAGAUCUCUGACCUGGGCGUGGCCGAGGCUCUGCACCCAUUCGCUGAAGAUGACACGUGCAGGACGAGCCAGGGGUCCCCGGCGUUUCAGCCGCCUGAGAUCGCCAAUGGCCUGGACACCUUCUCUGGCUUCAAGGUGGACAUCUGGUCAGCUGGGGUCACGCUCUACAACAUCACGACGGGCCUGUAUCCCUUCGAAGGGGACAACAUCUACAAGCUGUUUGAGAACAUUGGGAAGGGGGACUACACGAUCCCAGGUGACUGCGGCCCCCCGCUCUCAGACCUGCUGAAAGGGAUGCUGGAGUAUGAGCCGGCCAAGAGGCUUUCCCUGCAGCAGAUCAGGCAGCACAGUUGGUUCCGGAAGAAACACCCCCCGGCUGAGGAGCCGGUGCCCAUCCCCCCGAGCGCAGACUGCAAGGACCGGUGGCGCGGCAUGACCGUGGUGCCGUACCUGGAGGACCUGCACGGCUGUGCCGACCAGGAUGGGGACGAGGACCUUUUCGACAUCGAGGACGACAUCAUCUACACUCAGGACUUCACGGUGCCUGGUGACGAGGCGGCGUCUGAGGCAGGGCUUAGAGAGGAGAGAGCCUCGCAGAAGAGCCAGUGCUCGGCCCUCCCUGGGCAGGAAGCUGAGGCCGGGGGCGUGGACGAGCUGGUGGAGGGGCUGGAGGGGAACCCCGGGGGGGCUCCAGGCCUUAGCGUGGCCCUGCCCUGUGUAGGCGGGCGCUGCCCAUCCCAGGGCUCUGACUGACCCUGCCCGGGAGCUGCCUGAUGGCCCCGGCCUGGGGUGCACCGCCUCUCCCUGCGCCCACAGCUCCCUUCUGUCGGGCGCUCUGCAGGUUCGCGUCAUAAAGGUUUGCCCGCUGUGUGUGCAGGUGAUGCUUGCCCCCCCCGCCCAGCUCCUGGCUGGCCGCGAGGCGUCAUGGCAGGAAGAGCGCUUGCGGGCCGGGAGAAGAGGGGCCCCUGCCCGCGCGCCGGGCGCUGCCACAGCGGGGUGCUGUGCACUUUGUCCCUCGGGGCCGCCCUGGCGCUGCGCUGGCCGCCAUCCACGGGUCCAGCCUGGCCCUGGCCCCGCUCGCUGGAUUUGCCCCUUAUUCCCGUGGAGGCCCGGCACCCCGGGCCCGGGGGCUGGUGUGUGCGUCCUGGCCCCGGUCCUGCCCCUGAGGGGCCGGGGGCGCCCGGUGUGGCUCUCGCGUGAGGCUGAGGAGGUGCUGCCGGGCUCCCGCUGCCGCCCUCCCUGGCCCCGCUUUCGGGUCCUGGCUGACCGCCGGUUCCAGGCGGCCCUGGGAGGGUACUGCGGCCCUGGGUUUCCCGAGUGGGACGGGCCCACCUGGGAGUGGCCGUCAGGCCUGAGGCAGGUCGCCGCGCGGGAGCUCUGCAGAGGGCUCUGUGGCCACUUCUCUGGCUUACUCCUAGGUCAGCACAGGCCAGGCGGGGCCAGUGCUCCUGCUCACGCCCAGGCCCUCACCUGCUGGGCCUUGUCUUCCUCGAUUUGACCUCACGGGCAGUGUCCCACCGCCUGAGAGCCAGGCACCACGCCAGGGCCCAGGUGGACUGUGGCCAGCGCCCCACGCGCCUUGGGACGAGGGGCAUUUCUGGUGCGGGCCAGCUGCCACUCGCGAGUGCCGGUGCUGGGUGCCCUGCAGGGCUGGCCCUCUUGGCCCUCCGCAGCAGGGCCCCACCCCAGCCUGGGUGUGAGCCCUGCUUCCGGGGUGGGGGCAGGUGCACAGCACAGUUCAGCUAGAUGCUCCUUCAGACAGAGCCCUGGGGGUUGGGCAGAGGGGAGUCAGGCUCUGGCGGGGACUGAAGAUGCGCCAGCAGGUGGCUCGCGCCCCCUCUCACCCCAGCUCUCCAGCUGUCCCAGGGAGUGAAGGGUGGCGCCACUGCGGGCCAUUGCGGCCAGGGCCGAUCUUGUCACGCCGUGGGAAGGCCUGUCCCCUGGCCUCCCAUGCUCACAGGGCUCCUGAGGCGAGCCUUCCAGCUCUGGCCCUGUCCUGGGCCUCCGGGGCUGGCGGCCGCUGGUGAUGAGGUGAGCAGCGGCCCAGGCGCCCUGGUGCAGCCCCUGGCCCGCACCGACCCUGCGGGCGUGGGAGGGGGCCGGGCUGGGCUCGGCAUGGUCCCCACCAGCCCACACUCGUCCUCU